AUGUAACCCUAAAAGCAUGCCGGCGUUCGCAACCAGCGCCAGCCAAGCUGAUUCUAUCAACCGAGCAAUUGCCGGCAGUCGGCACCCAUACACAUUCGGGGUGGGGAAGAAAGCAUGCCAAGAUGGCUAAAUCUUCAGCAGACCACUCAUGGUAGAAUGUCUCCUAGAGCUCGUCUAUCUUACGACCCACUGUGGGUUAUCUUGGCAAAGCCCGGAGAACGGCACAAAGGUCGAGUUACCUUCCUUGACCAGAGUGCGUUUAAUACGCCGCAGAUUCGGAACCUGAAACCACGUUGUGUGGUGCGUGAACGGGGCAUCUUGGCAUUUUUAUCUGGGUCUUGUGCUCGAAACCAUUGUUUCUCCUGAAUGCUGAACAGGGGAGAUACGAUUACGAUUGCGUACCUCACUCUGGAGCAUGGACGUACUUCAUAGGGAGGGGGUUCAUAUACCCCCCCACGACCCGCGUCCAUCCCUUUUGCUCUUGUCCUAGACACUUUGCACCUCAUCCGUCAUGUCCCAAUGUCCUCUUGGACUUGGCCUUCGAAAAAUGCCCGUCGCUCGCGGUUGAGCCUCAUCACCGGCCGCCAUCUUGCUACGGUUGGCGUGGUCAUCAGCUUUCUCUACAUCUUUUAUGUCUUCGCGGUCCCGCAACUUUUACGAUUUCGCUUCCGCACGGAUCUGAGCCAAUAUGACCUAGGUCUGUAUGGGUUUGGCCCUUCAACCGGCUACGUUUCCUUUGACUACGAAUCGCCAAUUGUCGAAAUCACGGAAUCAGAUUCAGGAUGUGACCCGCGAUACACUUUUCUUGCGCCGCGCGGUGAUUCCGUGCCCCAAGCAGGUCCAAUGAUUCUCGACGCUCAGGGCAAUCUGGUUUGGAUGAAGUAUAACUGGGACACCACCCAGGAUUUCAAAGUCCAGCGAUAUAAGGGUGAAGAUUUCAUAACGUACUGGGAAGGUCACGAGAUCGAGAGUCGCGGCUAUGGAUCGUGGUAUAUGCUCGAUUCGUCCUACACCCAACGAUACGUGAUAAAUCCCGUCGGCAACUACGGUGGUGACCUGCACGAAUUCACGAUAACCGACGAGGGCACGGCCCUGGUGACUAUCUACGACCCAACGCCAGUGGAUCUAACACCUGUCGGAGGUCCGGAACUAGGCUGGAUAUUCGACGGCGUAUUCCAGGAGAUCGAUAUCGAGACCGGUGAAUUGCUGUUCGAGUGGCGCGCCUCAAAACACUAUCCCGUCGACAGCACGUACGAGCCCCUGGGCAAGGCGGGCAAAGAUCGCACAUCAGCAUUUGACUACUUCCACAUCAACAGCGUCGAGAAAGAUGAUCAAGGGAAUUACCUUGUGUCUUCCCGCCACUUGCAUUCGGUCGGCUGCAUUGACUCAAAGACGGGAUCUUUAUUGUGGACACUAGGGGGCAAAAUGAAUGAUUUCACUGACCUCUCCGAUGGCGAAGCAACGAAUUUCGCCUGGCAACAUGAUGCGCGCUGGCACGCGAACAACACUUUAACACUGUUUGACAACGCCGCCCACUCAAGCAAUGAUCCAGAUGAUGAGAGUCGUGGGGUGGCCAUUCAAUUAGAUAUUGCCUCCAAGCAGGCAAGAGUGCUGGCCGCUUACUAUCAUCCCCAACAGAUGAAGUCCGUAUCGCAAGGCAAUGUACAGAUGCUGGAUGAUACUGGCCGGGUUCUAGUUGGCUGGGGCCACAGUGCUGCCUAUAGCGAAUUCAGCGCCGAUGGAGAACUGCUGUGCAAUGUCCAUUUUGGCGCAUCAGCUUUCUUCUCCUUUGGGCGUGUUGUCUCUUACCGUGCCUUCAAGGGUGACUGGGUGGGACUCCCUCAGACGACCCCGGAUGCUGAGGUCGACGGUGAUAAAGUGUACGUGAGCUGGAACGGCGCAACGGAAGUUACGUCGUGGAGAUUGGAGGUGUGGAACUCCGAUGAUUUGACCGAGUUCUCAUUUGGUGUUGUGGCGCAAUUCGAAAAAACCGGGUUCGAGACGGAAAUCGACAUCCCUGACGACCUUGGCCCUUUAUUCCGUCUCGCAGCUCUAGACGGGGAAGGGAAUGUUCUUGGUGUCACCGACGUGCUCCAGAAAGAGCAAAAGUCAAGAUUUGACACGUUUCUCGAUCUGCACAAUUGGAUUCUUGGCUUCGCUAUGGUGGUAAGUAUCUGUGGGCUGCUUGCUGGUCUCUAUCGGUGCUGUUGCAAACUCUUCAAGCUAUAUCGAUCUCGCUCUAACGAUUACCAAUUGGUGGCCAUAAACGAAAAUGGUCAACACCCGCCUGUGUGAGUUCAAAAGGCUUUCACCUGCCAUGUAUAAAUAUUUGCUCUGGGCGCU